AUGAGCAAACCAAACAAGAAGAAGACUCGUCAAUACGCGGUGGAGUUUUUGAAGUUUGGAUUCAUUCCUGAUGAGCAUGAUGAGCAUUUGGAAUACUUCAAAUCAUUGAAAGAAAAAUUUAAAAACCGAACAAAACUCACUUCACUAUUUCAUGCAAAACAAGCGCCUCAUACUCGUGCCCUUGAAGCCAGCUACGAAAUCUCCUUGCUUAUAGCAAAACAUGGAAAGAAUCACACUAUUGGAGAGCAACUGAUUAAACCUGCUAUCUCAAUAUUCUUAAAAACUGUAUUACAAAAAGAUGAUGGAGAUAUCAGGACUAUGCCACUCAGUAAUAACACUGUCUCGAACAGAAUAGAUGAAAUGGGGCAAGAUGUUGAAAGCCAGCUCAUUGAGAAAUUAAAAUUGCGUAAGUUUUCAUUACAAAUGGACGAAUCCACAAUCCGGGACAGUGAGGCUCUGUUAUUGACUUAUGUGAGGUAUAUUGACCACGAGGAGUUUCAGGAAGAGAUGCUGUUCUGCGAAUCGUUUAAAAGAAAUUCUAAAUCUGAACGUCUUUUUAAGCAGUUUUGUAUAAAUCAAAGUGCCGAACAUGUUCGAUUAUUGCUUCAUACAGAAGUAAGAUGGCUAUCAAGUGGAAACUGCUUAAAGAGGUUCAUGGAAUUAUUUGAUCAGAUUAACGACUUUCUUAGUGAUAAAUGUGAAAUGAAAUUGCUGUCAACAACGGAUGGAAAAGCAUUUGUCAGUUAUUUGACAGACAUAUUUGAGAAACUUGGAAACUUGAAUAAACAACUUCAAGGUGCAAACAUGACACUUAUUGAUGCAAAGCAAAGAUUUUUGGAUUUAUUACAGCUCUCGAAUUAUGGAAAAAGAAAUUUUCCAAAAGAAAUUUCAGUGAACUUUACUGGUUGA